AUGCAGUGUAUGUCACGGAGUGAGUGUGGCCUCAUUGAUGAGGAAGUUGACCAGAAGCAACUGCAGAAAGAGCGUGUGGCGAAAGUCGAGUCCGAUGUCUUUGAGCUCAGCGUUGGGCUGGUCAUCAUCUUCAGCACCGUCACCAUGACAUUGGAGGUUGACCAGGUAGAUCUGCCAAUGUUGAUCAACUUCUCGGAGAGCUUCUUAACGGCUUUCUUUCUCCAGGAAUGGAUCACCCGCGUGGCAGUCUAUGGCCUGCCCUGGUUCCGCUCUAUGGAGAACUUGCUGGACACCUUCAUCGUCUGGGUUCCUGGAGUGCUCACCGUAUGGUUCUUGCAGCCCAUUUUCUCCGGUUCAGCCGACUUCCUGACUCCGAGCCUUCCGGUCAUGCAAGAUCUCUGGCAGCUCGUUCGCGGGCUCCUGAAGAGUGGCGGCAGCGGGGAUGCAAUUGCUGGCACACUCGCCUCUGCAAUGACUCUUAUCGUCUUCACGCUGUUUGUUUUUGGCAUCGCAGCCGUUGAUCUGAUUGCCAGAGCCGACUACAGUGGUGCGGAAGAAGUCAUCGACUCGAAGGUGGCGCAGUCUCGCUUCUUUGGCCAGGGCCUUUGGUUUGCCAUGCUGACGUUGACAAGGUUCAUGCACGGUGAUGAUGCACAGGGCAUCAUGGAUGUUCUGUUGAAUUUGGUCACGGCCAUUAUUUGCAACGAGGCCUUCGAGACUUCAAAGGCUGAUGAGGCGGAUCUCGCCAGGUUGAAGCUUCAGAAAGAGCAGGAGAUGCGCGAGUUCAAGGACAUGUUCAUCGAGCUUGAUGAAGACGGGAGCGGACAGGUGACCCUGGACGAGUUCACCAAUGCGUUCGAAAUAGAUAGCAUCCGCAACAAGCUCAUCGUCAUGGGGCUCACCGAAGAUGCUUUGUUGCAGCUUUUCACCCUGUUGGAUACAGAUGGUGAGGGUGAGCUGAGCCUGGACGAGUUCAUGGGUGGUAUGCAGUCUCUCUCCGGCCUCGCAAAUGCCAAAGACAUGGUGAUAUUGACGAAGGGCUUGGAGAGAAUUGAAAAGCAAGUUAGCUUGCUGUUUCAGGGCUCCCUCUCGAGCGGCCUGCCCACUCAAGAGAUGCUCCAGAGCCAAAUGACCCAGGUCCGAGUAAAAAUCGAUGAUCGUUUUCGAAAAACGGAGACAUCUCUGAAGGACUUGACAAACCAGCUGCAGCGCAUCAGCGGAAGCAGUCAGGCGGCAACCCACAAAGGCACUGCCAAAGUCAAAGCGAAGAAGAAGGUCGCCAAGAUGCCGAAGGCAUCGAUAGUGACCUCGUCGUCAGGCAAGGCGGAACACCGAGGCAGAGGGUGGACUCCUGGGACCCUGGGGCCUGGCAAAAAGCCUCGGCCCGAUCAAGGGCUGGGCAGUGCUGGCCAUGCUAAGGACGAUGAUGCAGGCCAAAGCACGCCUGCUGGCCAGAAGGCCUCUUCCUCGAAAUCUUCGAAGCAAGGCAGUUCGGAUGCACUUCAACCAUUGAUCAGGAAAAUCGCUGACUUCGCUUCCCGCAGACGGUUGAACGACGCUGUCAGAACCUUUGAUCAGAUCGAAAAGCGAGGGCUCGAGCCGAGCGUGCAAGCCUAUGCAAGCCUGAUCAAUGCAUAUGUCAACAGUGGUGACAUGGCUGGAGCUGACUCAGCAUUUUCGCGGAUGCUGGCGGCCGGACUUCGGUCGAAUGUGGUGGUCUGCACUGCGUUGCUGAAGGGUUACUGUCGUUCUGGCGAUGUGCGGAAAGCACAGUCCGUGCUUGAGAAGAUGUCUGGCCAGGAGCCUCCGGUCAAGCCGGACUUACGCCUUGUCAACACGUUGCUUCGUGGCUGCGUCAGGGCCGGCGACCUUGUAAUAGCCGAGUCCGUGUUUCGGAGACUCCCUGAGUGGGAGCUGUCGCCAGAUGCUUCAUCUUGCUGCUUCAUGUCGACGUUGUUGGGCCAGGCCCUGCUGGUCAAGAAGGUUUCGGCGCUGCUGCGCUUGCCGGCCUUGGCUCCAGCUCCCGUCGCUCCAAGCGGAGGACCCGAAGGCGGACCGUCCGAGAAAUCGGAAGAAGCUUGCAGGUUUUGGCAGAAGGGAAAAUGCAAGAAAGGUGUUGCUUGUCCUUUCUUUCACGAUCCGGCAAUUGAGGUUGCACAGAGGGCUGCCCACGAACCAGAAAGGCUUGCUGCCGUGGCGUGCAUUGGCCUGGAUGAGGUGCGCCGAUAUCCAAGUGAGUGA